UUUGAAAAUUCAAUCUGCAGUGCCUAGUGGACCCUCAAUCUCUACUAAAGGCACAAGAGGCUAGGCUAACAAAAAGCCAUCGCUAACCUUUUGAAACAAUGCCGAAAAAAGGAUGACUUGAUAUUGCUGAGAAGGACUUAGGGUGUUUGGAUUUGUUUCUUCAAUGGCAGUUUCUUGUUUCCAGUGUCUUCAAUCUUCCAGAAUUUCAUCUGGAGGUCGUCUCUUCCUUUCUAUUUGUGAGCCUGGUAGAGGCAAUCAAAAGAAGAGCAGACAUCUAGCUUUUGUUUCUGCCAAGAAUUUAGAGAAGGAUCUUUUCCUUGAAUCAAAGGUUGAGACACUGUUAGACUGUGUAAAAUGGGAUGACAAAGGUUUGGCAGUGGCAAUAGCUCAGAACGUUGACACGGGUGCCAUCCUAAUGCAAGGCUUUGUAAACCCGGAUGCACUAGUGGCAACCAUUUCCUCAAGAAAGGCUACAUUCUUCAGCCGGUCACGAUCAACGUUGUGGACAAAGGGAGAAACUUCCAUGAAUUUUAUCAACAUUCAUGACGUCUUUCUUGAUUGUGAUCGUGACUCUAUAAUAUACCUCGGGAAGCCUGAUGGGCCUACUUGUCACACAGGGUCAGAAACCUGCUAUUAUUCAUCGGUCCUCGAUUCCUUAAAACAACCCCAGGUUGAUGAAAACAGGUUGGCAUUAACAACUCUGUACUCGUUAGAGUCUACAAUCUCUCAGCGGAAGGCAGAACUAGCAUCAACGCAAGUUGAAAAACCUUCGUGGACCAAACGAUUGUUGCUUGAUGACAAGAUGCUGUGCUCAAAAAUCCGGGAAGAGGCAGAUGAGUUAUGCCGAACACUGGAGGACAACGAGGAUAAGUCCCGAACAGCAUCAGAGAUGGCAGAUGUGCUGUAUCAUGCCAUGGUUUUGCUGUCACUCAAAGAUGUAAAGAUAGAAGAGGUUCUCCAAGUCCUAAGACACAGAUUUUCUCGGUCGGGCAUUGAGGAGAAAAGAAGCCGAACAUCACAGCAGGGAUAGGCACCAGUGAUAUUGGUUAGCCAAUUUUGUUCUUGGAAGACUGCAUAUGCAGUUUAAGAUAUUGCCCAUAUGGUGUAAUUGUUGUACUUGAAGAUCCCUGCUCAAUGAUAAACAUCAAAACACUAUACUAAUGAUGGUUUAAUAAAAUGUGAAAACAUUUUGCUCA